CAUGAAAGAGGUCGGCAGGUGCGCUAAACUGGGCUUCCGUUUCUACAUUCACUUCCAAAAUAUUGUCUCUUUAAUGAAUUCUCUUUAAUCAAGUAUCAUGUAGUUAUUAAACAUUUCUCGUCCCACACACACAUACUGCUAUAAUACAUUUCCAACAAUUCUACGCAGUUAUAGUACAUUUCUCAACUACCACGCACACCACAGUUAUCAUAAUUUCCUUUAUAAACCAUUUCCAAUCAUAGAUGAUAUUGGACUAACAGAAGAUGUACCUUCAAAGCAUACCAUCAUUUAAAGACUGAAUGUAAAUGUUAUAUGGAAGAGCACCGUUUCUAUGAAUUCAUUGUAAAAUUCCAAUGACAUUUUGCUCUGAACUGAGAUUAUUAGCAAAAUUUCUGUGUCAUAAUCUGGAGUGUAUACAAAGUGAUUUUGUGUGCUCUAAUUAAACUUGGGAUAAAUUUUCAUAAGUUUUUAGAUAAAGGUAACGUUGGACAGUAAUACCGUAGCUGAAAAAAUGGCAAAGAAUAAAUAAUAGGAACGGAAUCAACAAGAAAUAUAUAGAAAUAUUUUGAUUUGAGGAGAAAAAUAAUGCAAAAACUUGAGAAAUUGAUUUUUUUCUUGAAGACAUGUCUAAAGAUACAGGAAAACCAUCAUCUGAAUUCAAUAUCUGUGAAAAGCCAUUCUCUAAGAAUGGUAACCUAAUAGAACAUAAGCGUAUUGAUGCAAGGAAGAAGCAAAUUUGCUGCAAUAUCUGUGGGAAAUCAUUCUCUGUACGUAGUAGUUUAAAAUCUCACCGACGACUUCAUACAGGAGAGAAGCCAUAUAGAUGUGAUAUCUGUGGCAAAUCAUUCACUCAGAGUGGACACCUAACUAAACACAAUCGUAUUCAUACAGGAGAGAAGCCAUAUCAUUGUGAUAUCUGUGGUAAAUCAUUCUCUGGCAAUAGUGCAUUUACAAAUCACCGACGUAUACAUACAGGAGAGAAGCCAUAUCACUGUGAUAUUUGUGGUAAAUCAUUCUCUCGAUGUGAUGCUUUCACAUAUCACAAGCGAGUUCAUGCAGGGGAGAAACCUUAUUGCUGUAAUAUCUGUGGUAAAUCAUUCCCUCAAAAUAAUGAUUUAACUAAACACAAGCGGACUCAUACAGGAGAAAGACCAUAUCAUUGUGAUGUCUGUGGUAAAUCAUUCAUUGAGAAUGGAUGCCUAACUGUACAUAAACGUAGUCAUACAGGAGAGAGACCAUUUCAUUGUGACAUUUGUGGUAAAUCUUACGCAAAAAAUUAUUCUUUAAAAUCUCACAAACGGAUUCAUACGGGAGAGAAGCCAUAUCAGUGUGAUGUCUGUAGUAAAUCAUUUUCUCGAAAUGAAUACUUAACUAUACACAAGCGUUCACAUACAGGAGAAAAACCAUAUCAGUGUAAUAUCUGUGGUAAAACAUUCACUGCAGGUUCUAACUUACGAACACACAAAUGUAUUCAUACAGGAGAGAAACUUUAUCACUGUGAUAAAUGUGGUAAAUCAUUCUAUCGAAAGUAUACCUUAAAUAAACAUGAGCGUGUUCACACAGGGGAGAGGCCAUACAUUUGUGAUAUUUGUGGUAAAUCAUUUCUUCAAAAUAUGCAUUUAACUAGGCACAAACGUAUUCAUACAGGUGAGAAGCCAUAUCGGUGUGAUAUCUGCGGUAAAUCAUUCUCGGUAAAUUGUAGCUUAAAAUCACAUAAGCAUAUUCAUACAGGAGAGAAACCAUAUCAGUGUGAUAUCUGCAGCAAAUCAUUCUCUGUAAGUAGUAGCUUAGUAAAACACAAACGUACUCAUUCAGGAGAGAAGCCAUAUAAAUGUGAUAUUUGUAGCAGAUCAUUUUCUCAACUUCUUGAUGUAGCAUUACACAAACGUAUUCAUACAGGAGAGAAGCCAUAUCACUGUAAUACCUGUGGUAGAUCAUUCUCUAGAAGUAGUGCAUUAAGUACACACAAACGUACUCAUACAGGAGAGAAGCCACAUAAAUGUGAUAUCUGCAAUAAAUCUUUCUCUCGAAAAAGCAAUUUGACUACUCAUAAGCGUACUCAUACAGGAGAGAAGCCAUUUCAGUGUGAUGUUUGUAAGAAGUCAUUCUCUGACAGUAGUAUUUUAAUAAUACACAAGCGUAUUCACACAGGAAAGAAGCCAUUUCAGUGUGAUGUUUGUGGCAAGUCAUUCUCGCAAAGUACUAGUUUAAUGACACACAAGCGUAGUCACACAGGUGAGAAGCCAUAUCGGUGUGAUAUCUGCGGUAAAUCAUUCUCUGUAAGUUCUAGCUUAACAAUACAUAGACGUAUUCAUACAGGAGAGAAACCAUAUCAGUGCAAUAUCUGCAGUAAAUCAUUCGCUGUAAGAAGUAGCUUAACAUCACAUAAAUGUAUUCAUACAAGCGAGAAGCCAAAUUAAUGUGAUAUUUGUGACAAAUCCUUUUCUCAACAUCGUGAUUUAAGAGUACACAAACUUAUUCAUACAGGAUAGAAGCCACAUCACUGAUAUUUUGUGGUAAAUCACUCUCUCAGUCAUGGCUUAACUGGACACAUACAUAUCCAGAGCAGUGUAACGGACGUAGUAGAUAACAGCUAGCCUUCGGCAACUAGGACCCUGUUGUGUUCACUACUCUGAUUGGUUAGUAUUGGUGCAGUUUGUCUCCUGCUCUAUUAUGCACAGUGUGCAACCCAGCCAAUCUCAGCCAUCUGAUAUGGUCUUUUCUAAAUCGCCGUUUGCGCCGAUAGCUUGCUAUAAAACUUCAGCGAUUCAUCGAGUCAAGGUCUUUUGGUUCUAGACCUUCUAAGGUCUGACCACAGAGCACACAGCCAGUUCCAGCAGCAACACCAGCAGCCACAUGGAGAAACAUCAACACUUCGUCCAGCAGCAUCAGGACCUCCAUCUCUGCUACCUCUGUCUUAAUGUCCACAACAUUUCUCUACGUACACCCAUGUUUCUAUCUCAACAUUGUUUGUGAAUUACUUCACCACGGUUAACAGCAAGUACAACCUGCGAGAUCUUCCUGCAUCAAGUAACCGGCAGCGGCAUAGUAGCCACAACUUCUUACACGACAUGAGCUUCAACCGGCUCUGCUUCUUCGCCACAACUUCUUGUUACACCACUUCAAGUAUUGUGUACCUUACCACGAACUGGUAUUUAUCUUCAUUGUGUCUGAACAUUCAUCUAACGCCCUGUUAUAGACUCUUUCAAUGUUCUGUAUUCAAUGCACAUACAUACACAUUAUGUAUUCAUGAUGACCUGUCUAUUGUUAUGAUAUAUGUACUUAUGACGCACACUCAUGUUAACACGUGAAUAAAAUCUUUCUCAUACACAUUC